AUGUCAUUUAGGUUCAACGAAGAAGUAUUCGGCGACAACUCUUUCAAUGAACGAAUACGGGAAAAGUUAUCAACGGCAUUGAACUCGCCAUCCAAGAAGAAGCUGGAUAUCUUGAAAAGCGGAAUAACGGUGCAGAAGGUAGAUUUCCCCACAACACCGCAACUAGAGAUUCUGGACCUUGAUAUCAUCACGCAGCCUAAGUCGCUGGCUAAGGGUAUCUGCAAGAUCUCCUGCAAGGACGCUAUGUUGCGGAUUCAGACAGUUAUAGAGUCGAAUCUCUUAUUAAUUAAUGAACAGGACACCCCCGCUUUCACGAUGCCACGGCUGAUCAACAACGGAUCGUUCACGAUCCCUAUAACGAUGACGUUCAGCGCCAUCGAGCUGGAAGCAAUCACGAACAUUUUUGUCAAGAACCCUGGAAUUGGAAUCUCGUUUAAUGAUGUGGACCUGGAUUUCAAGUUCGAUUGUUCUAUAAAAAUUCUGCAAAGUACCAUCGAGAGAAGGUUGAAGGAGUCCAUGCACGUCGUGUUCAAAGACGUUCUUCCCUCUUUAAUCUUCAACACAUCACAGAAUUGGUUCACUAAUCACGGCGAAGGCACUAGCACUAUCCCCAGUAAAAAAGACCAUCAUCGCUUGCAGACUACGAUGUCUAGAAAUGUGAUCUUGGACGGGUCCGAUUUCCAGGAGCUUUCGCCAAUAAACAUGCUGCGUCUUUCGAGUAUCGUUUCAUCCAGGUCUACACUUUCACUGCACUCCAGUGUGAUGAAUUCCCUUUCUGCUAUACCAGGGUGUCUGGAAAGGCAAAACUUGUACCGUUUCAUAUCAAGGAUGCCGUCGCUAAAUAAUCACUACUCUUCGCCAUCGUUGCUACCACCCAAAUCGUCGAAUGUAUCGACGGAACAGUUGGUGAUGCCAUUUUACUGUUCUCACAAUCUAUUACCCAAGGCAGUGCUGGAUUCGAGCAAGUAUGAUUUGCCCACUAUAACUAAAAUUCAGUCUCGUCUCUUUGAUAGGAGUAAUAGUAACGACGACAACGCUAAUCCAAGAAGAAGAAAGAUCAAAUAUAAGAGGACCCGGUCGCCCCUAAUUCCGCAACCACAAGAGGAGCAAGAUGUGAGCGACAGCACGGCCUUAGUCGAAACAGAAACGCCUACACCGAUUUCAACACCAGUGCCUAAGCCUGAAGAGCAAUCUCCGCCAUAUUUGAAAACGACGGUAUCGAUACGGGACAAAUAUGUUAUACCGGAAAAAAUAACGUUAAAUUCCGACACCAAAAAGGAAUCGCCUAAAAUGAAGAAACCAUUUUACUUCAUAGGUUUGAAUUCGCAAGAUUCGUCAAAUAACUGGAAGUGCGGUAUGGAGGAGAGUCCUCCGCCAUAUCAUUAG